AAUGGGCAGGAUUUAAAAAAUAUCUCAUUUAAAUCAGUGUUCUUGUUUUCUAGUUUAUUACUACAAAGCUGGGAGUUUCGGGUCAUGUGCAUAGAUUAAUGGCUGGAUCCAUGGCAGGUAUGACAGCAGUUAUCUGUACUUACCCUCUUGACAUGGUUAGGGUCCGCCUAGCAUUCCAGGUGAAAGGGGAACACACCUAUACAGGAAUUAUUCAUGCAUUCAAAACUAUUUAUGCAAAGGAAGGUGGUUUCUUUGGAUUUUACAGAGGCCUGAUGCCUACUAUUUUAGGAAUGGCUCCAUAUGCAGGUGUUUCAUUUUUCACUUUUGGUACUUUAAAGAGUGUUGGGCUUUCCCAUGCCCCUACCCUUCUUGGCAGACCUUCAUCAGACAAUCCCAAUGUCUUAGUUUUGAAAACUCACAUAAACUUACUUUGUGGUGGUGUUGCUGGAGCAAUAGCACAGACAAUAUCCUACCCAUUUGAUGUAACUCGUCGGCGAAUGCAGUUAGGAACUGUUCUGCCAGAAUUUGAAAAGUGCCUUACCAUGCGGGAUACUAUGAAGUAUGUCUAUGGACACCAUGGAAUUCGGAAAGGACUCUAUCGUGGUUUAUCUCUUAAUUACAUUCGCUGCGUUCCCUCUCAAGCAGUAGCUUUUACAACAUAUGAACUUAUGAAGCAGUUUUUUCACCUCAACUGAAAAAAAAAUCAUGAUAGAUUACCCAAAGUGCAUCUUGCCAGGUUAUCUUCCAUUUGAAGAUUGAGAUUUUAUGUCUUUUUUGAACUUUAUUGUUCCUCUCUUCCAGCUCUCAGUGGGUAUAGCUCUCUGGUCUGUAUAAUGGGACAGUGGUCUGGCCUACAGAUUGAUAAGUGAGGUUUGCCUCCUAGUUUUCAGUGAUUGCCUGUAGAAGAUGGAGAAGUUACUGGAUAUAUUUAAUAAUAUCUCAUUAUAUUCUUUUUUUUUUUUUAAAUGAUAGAGUUUUACUUGGUUGCCAAGCUGGAGGGCAGU